AUGUCUGUCUGUCUGUCUGUCUAUCUAUCUAUCUAUCUAUCUGAAUCUGUUCAUAUCUAUCUAUCUGAAUCUGUUCAUGUCUGGCUGUCUAUCUAUCUAUCUGAAUCUGUUCAUGUCUGUCUGUCUAUCUAUCUAUCUAUCUAUCUAUCUAUCUAUCUGAAUCUGUUCAUGUCUGUCUAUCUAUCUAUCUAUCUAUCUAUCUAUCUAUCUAUCUAUCUGAAUCUGUUCAUGUCUGUCUGUCUAUCUAUCUAUCUGUUCAUGUCUGUCUAUCUAUCUAUCUAUCUAUCUAUCUAUCUAUCUAUCUAUCUAUCUGAAUCUGUUCAUGUCUGUCUGUCUAUCUAUCUAUCUAUCUAUCUAUCUAUCUAUCUGAAUCUGUUCAUGUCUGUCUGUCUAUCUAUCUAUCUGUUCAUGUCUGUCUGUCUGUCUGUCUAUCUAUCUAUCUAUCUAUCUGAAUCUGUUCAUGUCUGUCUGUCUAUCUAUCUAUCUGUUCAUGUCUGUCUGUCUGUCUGUCUGUCUAUCUAUCUAUCUAUCUAUCUGAAUCUGUUCAUGUAUGUCUGUCUAUCUAUCUAUCUAUCUAUCUAUCUGAAUCUGUUCAUGUCUGUCUGUCUAUCUAUCUAUCUGUUCAUGUCUGUCUGUCUGUCUGUCUAUCUAUCUAUCUAUCUAUCUGAAUCUGUUCAUGUCUGUCUGUCUAUCUAUCUAUCUGAAUCUGUUCAUGUCUGUCUGUCUAUCUAUCUAUCUGAAUCUGUUCAUGUCUGUCUGUCUAUCUAUCUAUCUGUUCAUGUCUGUCUGUCUGUCUGUCUAUCUAUCUAUCUAUCUAUCUGA